AUGAGACUUGACAUGAAAACAGGUUUGUAUAAACGUGAAUGUAUAAGAGCUCAUUUGUGUUUGAUAGAUUUUACUUAUAAUAAGCCUUAUAAAUAUAUUACUACUACUACUACUACUACUACUACUACUACUACUACUACUACUACUACUACUACUACUACUACUACUACUACUACUACUACUACUACUACUACUACUACUACUACUACUACUACUACUACUACUACUACUACUACUACUACUACUACUACUACUACUACUACUACUACUACUACUACUACUACUACUACUACUACUACUACUACUACUACUACUACUACUACUACUACUACUACUACUACUACUACUACUACUACUACUACUACUACUACUACUACUACUACUACUACUACUACUACUACUACUACUACUACUACUACUACUACUACUACUACUACUACUACUACUACUACUACUACUACUACUACUACUACUACUACUACUACUACUACUACUACUACUACUACUACUACUACUACUACUACUACUAUUUAUUUAUUUUAUUUUAACACAUAG